AAUUGAGAAGGGGAAAAGAAAGAAAGAAAAAUCUGGGAAGGUAGGGUAGCUUUGGAUUUGUGGGUCCUAUCCUAUGUUCUUGAUGGAUGGAUUCUUCACGCGGUGAAUCUCCCGGUGUAGCAUAACUGAGAGUCAGAGGAUAAUAACUGUCUCUUUCUCUCUAAAGUUCUAGUAAGCGUAUUCUUUUUUUAUUUUUUUUUUCUUUUUGGGUUGGUUGGGGAUUAUAUAACACAAGUGAUGGUGUUCCUCUCGCUCAACAAAAACAAAAUCUUUGUUAUGUCGGGGCUGCUUCUAUUUCCUGAGAGUUUAGAUUGCUUUUGAUUGAGCACAGAAUAGAGACAGAUAUACCCACCCACCUGAGGCUGAGCUGCUCUUCAAGAACCUCCGCACAAAUUCGCUUCAAAACGAUUUAUUGUUGACGAUGUUUCUACGACUCGGACAGAUUGGGUUUUCCGAUACAAGUGAAAGCAAUCCAUCCUGGAAGUUCCUCUUCUUGUUUUUCAUAUUCACUGAACUUCUUUGUUUUGGGUCAUGAUGAUGUUUAUGAUUAUUCGGUUGUGAUAGGAUUCUUUAGAUGCAAAUUUGAAGAGGAAAAAAACAUUGAAGUAUGGAAGAUGGUGCGUUUGCGGGUUCUACCAUGGAUUUGGAUUUUAUGGAAGAACUCUUGUUUGAAGGAUGCUGGUUGGAGACCACCGAUGCCUUCAACUUCUUACAGCCGAACUUCUCAACCUCUGGUGCUCCGAGUGACCCGAUGCAGUUUGUGCCUCCUCUGCAAACAGGCACUAGCCAUUUCAGCCUAAAUCCGAUUCAGCAUAUCAUCGACACAGAAGAAACCGGAAAAGGGUUCUCUGAGGAUCCACCUCUAGUUUCUCGCCAAAUAGAAGAACUUUUCAAAGCUGAAACUCAAAACCAGACCAAUGCCAGGACUACUAUCUCUUCAGGCCAAUCUGAAGCUUUCUUGAUUGAAGGCACUGAAGUGGACAGAACAUGGUGGAUAGGGCCGAGUGACAAUCCAGGUCCUUCUUCCCCUAUGAAAGAUAGACUACUGCAAGUUAUUGGAUACCUGAAAGAGUUGACAAAGGAUAGGAAUGUCCUUAUUCAGAUAUGGGUGCCUAUAAAGAAAGAAGGCAAGCAUGUCCUGACCACUAAGGACCAGCCUUAUUCCCUCAAUCCGAAUUGCAGUAACCUUGAAAGUUAUAGAAGUGUUUCCAAUUCCUAUCAUUUUGCUGCUGAGGCAGAUUCCAAAGACUUUUUUGGGUUACCUGGCCGAGUAUUUGUGGGGAAGUCGCCUGAAUGGACUCCUGACGUUCGUUUCUUUAGAAGCGAGGAGUAUCCCCGGGUCUACCAUGCACAGCAGUAUAAUGUUAGUGGCUCUCUUGCUCUUCCGGUCUUCGAACGAGGCAGUGCGACUUGCUUGGGUGUUAUUGAAAUCGUUACAACUUCCCAAAACAUCGAUUAUCGCACAGAUCUUGAAAAUGUCUGCAAAGCUCUUGAGGUUGUUGAUCUAAGGAGCACUCAAGACUUCAGACAUCCGAGUUCAAAGGCUUCCAAUGAUUUGUACCAAGCUGCUGUUCCGGAGCUAUUAGAAAUUCUUGGAUAUGUCUGUAAAACACAUAGAUUGCCAUUAGCUCUGACAUGGGCUCCUUGUGGUGAACACGGUAAAGGUGGAGGUUGGCAUUCUGACGAGAACUACGCUCACUGUGUUUCCACUGUGGAUUCUGCUUGCUUUGUUCCUGAUCAAGAGGUUUUAGGCUUCCAUGUGGCUUGCUCUGAACACCAUUUGUUUCGUGGUCAGGGGAUUGUCGGGAGAGCAUUUGCAACAAGAAAACAAUGCUUUGCAACCGAUGUAACUGCAUUUAGGAAGACGGAUUAUCCUCUCUCUCACCACGCUAAAGUGUUCCAGCUUUGUGCUGCUGUAGCCAUUCCGGUGCAAAGCAUCUAUUCUGCAUCAACUGAGUUUGUGUUGGAGUUCUUCUUGCCAAAGGAUUGCCAGGACGUGGAAGACCAAAAGCGGAUCAUCAGCUCAUUACCCUCUUCUAUACAACAGGCCUGCCAAAGUUUACGCAUUGUCAUGGACAAGGAUGUCGGGGUAGAAAAAAUAUUCCCAAUAAAAGAAAUUGCACUUGUUUCUGAUCAAAAGGUUAAACAGGAAGAAAAUCAGACUUGUGUAUCUUCUCCUUCAAAAGAACCUUCUACGGAAGAGUCAUCCUGGAUUUCGUAUAUGAUAGAUGCCCAGCAGAAGGGUAAAGGUGUCUCCCUCUCAUGGGAGUCUCAUAAAGAACUGAAUGAAGGGUUCAAGGUCACAACCUAUUGGGACGAUAGUCAUGUGGAGUUACACCAUAAGCAAGCUUUUCCGCACCUACAGCAAUUUCCAGAAACUAAAAGUUGUGUCGAGGGUGGUGGAAAUUCUUCUACUCCUGGUGGCCAUGGCAAUCUAGGCAGCAGAAGAGCAGUCGAAAGGAGACGGAGCAAGUCAGAGAAGACAAUCAGCUUGCAAGUUCUUCGACAAUACUUUGCCGGGAGCCUUAAAGACGCUGCAAAGAGUAUUGGCGUAUGCCCGACUACUCUGAAGAGGAUAUGCAGGCAACAUGGGAUCACCAGAUGGCCUUCUCGAAAGAUCAAGAAGGUUGGGCAUUCUUUGAGGAAACUCCAACUUGUCAUUGACUCGGUUCAAGGUGCUGAAGGUUCAAUUCAAAUCGGAUCAUUCUAUUCAAGCUUUCCUGAAUUGAACUCUCCAAACUUUUCUGGGAACCACCCCUUUUCAUCUGCGAAUGCAAUUGACCAUUUAAAGCAAUCAAACCCUCAACCUGAAAGUGCCGUAAUCAACCCCAGAGCCACAGUUUCAAACUCGCAUUCCUCUUCAUGCAGUCGCAGUUCUGGUUCAAGUUGUUCCACUGGUGCAAAGGACCUCACUGCUGCCAAGGACGCCUCAAGUAGUAGAGAUGCAGUAGCUGAAGCUGGAGGAGUUUUGAAGAGAGCUUGCAGUGAUGCAGAGCUAUUUUCCUUGAAUGUAGAGCAACCUAAGCUUCUUGCAAGAUCCCAGAGCCAGAAGACAUUCAGUGAGCUUGCAAUUCUUGAGACCCUUCCCCCGUUGCCUAAAAGUAGCGGCCGAAACAUUGCUGGUACCUUUAGAGUUAAAGCCACUUUUGGAGAAGAAAAAGUUCGUUUCAGUUUGCAACCAAACUGGAGUUUCACGGACUUGCGACAAGAGAUUGUGAGACGUUUCAAUUUAGAUGAUGUCAACAGUAUCAGCCUCAAGUAUUUGGAUGAUGAUUCUGAGUGGGUUUUGUUGACAUGCGAUGCUGACCUCGAGGAAUGUAUAGACAUCUACCGAUUGUCUCAAAGCCGCACAAUCAAAAUGUCCAUUGAUUAUACUUAUCAACCGGUUCUUGGAAGUUCAUUUGGAAGAACUGUCCCUCCUUGACACCAUGAGCAGUUACUAUCAGCUGUGGUGUUUCAGAUAAGUUUUCAUCUAGUUGCUUUAUGACUUUUGUUGAAUGUUGCAGAGGUAGCAGCAGUUGCAAUUGUUACGAGAUCUGUGAAUGUCACGUUCAUUCCACUUUCGUGGACUGUCGUUGGGAAGCAGAAAAGGUACAAGAAUUACAGAAAAAAUAGCUUUCGUCAACGAGGGAACAAUGGAUUUCACGGAAAAGUUGUUCCUUUACUACUAUAUUCUCUGCAAUUGCGACAAAAUAAGAUCUUUUUGAGAUGGUUUUUAGAUUGGAGAUUCUCAGUAACUGUGGAAGAAUGUAAUAUGUUUUGAUUUUGUAAGGAUGUGAUGGCAUUAAUGAAGCUUCAUGCUUGUAUCA